AUGAAUAAUCAACAAGCGGUUGUCCAACCUGCUCAAGUAGUUGCCCCUGCUGGUGCUCUCCCUGCCGAUGCUCCGCUUGCCGGUGCACCUCUAGUUGAGGUUGCUGUCGUUGCCAUUGAAGUCCCUCCUGCCCCUGCUAAGCCUGCUCCCCUCGGUGCUCCUGCUCCUCCUGGUGGUCCUCCUGUCGGUGCGCUGGUCGUAGCCAAACCUGCCGCCAAACCUGCCCCUCUUGUCCCUCGUCAGAUAACAGUGCACUACGCCAACAUUAACUUUUACUUUGCUGUCAACGGCAACAUAAGGUACGAAGACCUAAGAGAACGUAUUCUCCAGAGUCCCCUCAGUGUGAGCUUGCACAACUUGCGCAAUCUCCAAGGUUGUGUCAUCGAGUACCGUCCAGCUGCUGUGAAUGCUGCCCUGGCCAACUCUACGGAUCUGAUCCCUGCUGGCACCGAGCACAUCUACAUCACUGAGCCUUCUGGUAAGUACUGA